AUGUCUUCCAGAGACAGCUCCAACACCAUCAGCGGCGAUGCUGCGGACGAUGCCCGUGCUGAGCCUGAAGUACUAAUGCUUGACGACAAUGAACGUCCACCAGCCACCACCGAGAAGUUGAAUCUUCGCUUCGAGGAAAUUGGUAGUGGCAAAAGUCUCGAUAUCUUCUACAAGCGCGACCGACCAAUGGGUAAACCGAUGGCGCAUUUCGCCAACUACAUUGGCCGCAAUGUCAAGCAAUGUCGGUUCAUUUUCGACGGAGUGCGAAUGGAUGCUUUGAGGUCACCAAACGAGCAGGAACUUGAGCAUGACGACCUCAUCGAGGUUCACGUGGAGAGCACCGGCGGCGAUGCUUCCUUCACAUGCUAA